UUCUGCCGUCAUGCAGUGGAUGUUCCAGUGGAUAUACAUUUGUUAAAAGGAAAUGUGUUGAUAUAGAUGAGUGUGUGACAGAUCCGGGUCUGUGUGGUGAUGACGCUCAGUGUUUCAAUACACCUGGAAGUUACUACUGCAACUGUAAUGAAGGAUUUCGAUCAGCAGCAGCCAGUUUCACAGUAACAUCGGGGGAGUGUAGGGAUAUCAAUGAGUGUAUUGAGAAAACCCAUGAAUGCAGAGGUGAUAUGAAGUGUGUGAACACCAUGGGCUCCUUCUUGUGCUUCUGUCCACCUGGAUUUCAUGAACCAACAACAGGCUCAGGAUGUGAAGAUAUAGAUGAGUGUGUGACAGAUCCGGGUCUGUGUGGUGAUCAUGUUCAGUGUUUCAAUACACCUGGAAGUUACUACUGCAACUGUAAUGAAGGAUUUCGAUCAAUAACAGCCAAUUUCACAGCAACAUCGGGGGAGUGUAGGGAUAUCAAUGAGUGUAUUGAGAAAACACAUGAAUGCAGAGGUGAUAUGAAGUGUGUGAACACCAUGGGCUCCUUCAUGUGCGUCUGUCCACCAGGAUUUCAUGAACCAACAACAGGCUCAGGAUGUGAAGAUGUGGAUGAGUGUGUUUCCUCAGUGUGUGGAGUUCACAGCAGCUGCAUUAACACACUUGGCAGCUUCCGCUGCAUCUGUUCUCCAGGGUUUCUCAAACAUGAGAACGGCUCCUGUACAGAUGUGGAUGAGUGUGUUUCCUCAGUGUGUGGAGUUCACAGCAGCUGCAUUAACACACUUGGCAGCUUCCACUGCAACUGUUCUCCAGGGUUUCUCAAACAUGAGAACGGCUCCUGUACAGACAAAGAUGAAUGUACAGAUGUUCCUGAUGUUUGUGGCACAAACGCCAACUGCUCCAAUCAUCAGGGCAGCUACAGCUGUAAAUGCCAUGAGGGUUACAGUAACUAUGGCAAUAGCCAAUCAAAAUGCACUGAGAUGAGCUGCGACCACUUUGAGUCUGACACAGAGGACACGCCUGCAAAGUUGAAGACUUUACUGGCGCUGUUGAGGAGCAGCUGUGAGUCUAUGCGUGGCCCAAACAGCCAUCAGAUAGGAGAGCAGUUACUGGAGAACUUGUUUACUUUCACUGACGAGCUGCUGUCGGGUGGAAACAUCGCUGACGGGAAGAUGCUGAAUCAUUGUCUUGACGCGGUGGAGAACAGCAUGCGUCUGAUUGGACCUCAGCUGAAAGAGCCUGUGACCAGGAUGGAGACACACAACACCUUUGCUGAAGUUGCAGUCAUGCGGGGGCAGACUCCACCCAGUGGGCGUGUCACUCUGAGCACAGACUCCGCCCUCUUCAGCACCAGCUGGGAAACAGUUGUAGGCAAAUCAUAUCCAGGUUUUGCAUUUGCGGCUCUGGUCAGUUAUAAAGAUCUGAACUCAUCCAGUGAUCUGCUCCACAAGAUGAGCAAUGAGAGAUCAGACGAUAAAGAGAGAAGUGUCACUUAUCAACUCAACUCUAAAGUGGUGACGGCCGUCGUCAGUAAUGAAGAAACCAAGCAGCUGUCAGAGUCGGUGACGCUCGUCUUUAGACACGUGGAGGAAAGAGUGGAGUCUGAGGGCAUGGCUUACUCUUGUGUGUACUGGGAUGAGACUGAGGGGGCGUGGUCUGGGCGGGGCUGUAAGAGGACUGAGUCUAACAGCACUCAUACAGUGUGUUCCUGCUCUCAUCUCAGUAGUUUCGCUGUGCUCAUGGCUCUCUAUCCUGUCCAGGACGCAUUUGAUUUGGUGUUGAUCACACAAGUGGGUUUGGCUCUGUCUCUGGUCUGUUUAUUUCUCUGCAUCCUGACUUUCAAGUUCUGCCACUCUAUCCAAGGAACCCGAACCAGCAUUCAUCUCCAUCUGAGCAUCUGUCUCUUCAUUGCAGACCUCAUCUUCCUCUGUGGGAUCACCAGUACUCACAAUCAGGUAGCGUGUGGGAUUGUGGCCGGUCUGCUUCAUUUCUUCUUCUUGUCUGCGUUCUGCUGGAUGCUGCUGGAGGGAGUUCAGCUCUACCGGAUGGUUGUGCUUGUGUUUCACACCACAUUAAAACACCUCUACAUGUAUUUGGUGGGAUACGGAGUCCCUCUCGUCAUCGUCACCAUCUCUGCCAUCGCCUUCCCAGCAGGUUAUGGGACCAGUAGACACUGCUGGCUCUCUCUCGAUCGUUACUUCAUCUUGAGUUUCUUCGUGCCAGUCUGCAUCGUCAUGAGCCUCAAUUGUUUCUUCUUCAUCAUCACUGUCUGGAAACUGGCCCAGAAGUUAUCCAGCCUCAAUCCAGACCUCUCCAGCCUCCACAAGAUCAGGAGUUUCACGGUGACCGCUGUGGCUCAGUUGUGUGUUCUCGGAGGAACGUGGGUCUUCGGCUUCUUCCUCUUCCAGGAGGACGGGACUGAAGUCAUGUUGUACCUCUUCACGAUCUUAAACAGCCUGCAGGGGGCGUUCAUCUUCAUCAUGCACUGCCUGCUGUCCAAACCGGUCAGGACGGAGUAUUACACCCUGUUUGUCCGAAUGUGUCCACACAAGAAGAAAGUGGAAUACAGUCUCAGCAGCAUUCAGAAACCUCUACGGAGCGAAGACAGCACAGGAGAAUCCAAGAUAUAAAGCACUUGUCAUAUUCUGAUUUUACCAACCCUUAAGCACUUGAACAGUUUUGUAAAAAAUGAAGAUUAUCCACAAAGCUUCAGUUUGACAGGAGGUCGUCAAUUCGUCCUCCUUAUUCCUGUCCAAUCAGAAGAUCUGAAAACUGCUGAACUUUAGAAAGAAUAUAUAUAUAUAUAUAUAU